GUUUUUCUUGAUGUUAUGGCUCUGCUCUCAGGUGUAUUUUCCCAGCUCAGUUUGAAGGAAUCUGGACCAGAACUACUGAGACCUGGAGAAACCCUUGAGCUGACCUGUACUGUCACUGGGGGCUCUGUCACAAGCAGCUACUAUUGGAACUGGAUACGCCAGACUCCUGGAAAGGGGCUGGAAUGGAUGGGGUAUUGGAGUGGCUCCACAUACUAUGCACCAUCUUUCCGAGAUCGAAUCACCAUUUCUGUGGAUCCUUCCCAGACCAAAUAUUUUCUGCGUCUGACCUCUCUGACAGCUGCAGACACUGCCAUGUAUUACUGUGCAAGAGGCACAGAGAGCGGUUACUUCGAUCUUUGGGGGAAAGGGACCCAAGUGACCGUCAGUUCAGCAUCCCCAACUGCCCCUACUCUUUUCCCCCUCAUUCCUCUCUGUGGGAGCUUCCCAGACAGCGGAGACAUCGCAAUUGGAUGCUUGGCCAAGGAUUUCCUGCCUGACUCUAUCACAUUCUCGUGGGACAAUCAGAACAAUGUCAGCAUUGAAGCCUCCAAGUACAAGAAAUUCCCUUCCAUUUCUGGCACUUCUGGGACCUUCACAGCAAGCUCCCAGGCCAACGUCCCAGUCGAUGUCUGGAAGAGACGUUCCCCGUUCUAUUGCAAAGCUGACCAUACGUCUGGAAACAAAGUCAUCCAAGUCAUUGCACGAUCCCCUAAGAUCUGUCCAACUGACAUGGCCAUCCGUGCACCACCUGUUAAAGCAUUCUCAAGCAGCUACUUAAAUGCCACCAUCACCUGCGAUGCUGUUGGGCUUAGCAAUGAGCAAACCACACUCCGGUGGUUGAGGAAUGGAAAGCCAUGGGACUCCGGUGUCACCACCACCAAACCAGUCUCCAACAGCCAGGACAGCUGCUACAGCAUGAGAAGCGAACUGGUAGUCACUAGGAGGGAUUGGCUGGCUGACGUGGAAUUUUCCUGCCAUGUACAAAAUACAAACUACGACAACAUUUUGAAUAUCAGCAAGAGGGCUUGCUGUGGAGAUGUUUCUGGCUGUGUGGAUUCAGAACCCUAUGUGGAUACUAUUGCUCCAACCUAUGCUGAUAUUUACCAGACCGGUUCAGCUAAACUGACCUGCAGAAUCUCCAACAUACCUUAUGAGCAGGAUCUUUCAGAACUGAAUGUCACCUGGACACAGGGAUCCAAUCACAAAACACUGGAAACUGUAUUUGAUCAACCUAUCGAACAGGAAAAUGGCAUGCAGUCCAUUGAUGCUACAGCCACCAUAUGUGCAGCAGACUGGAACAGUGGUCAGACUUUCAGUUGCAAAGUUUCUUUCCCAGGCCUAUUGCCCAAACCUGUGGAAAAACAACUGAAAAAGGAGAAUGGUGGCACCUUGUACACCCCAUCGGUCUACGUCCUUCCUCCACCAUCAGACCAACUAGCAUUGCGGGAAUUAGCCACCCUUACUUGCCUGGUGAAAGGUUUCUACCCCAAAGGAAUAUUUGUGAAAUGGCUCCAUAACAAUCAGCCAGUGAACACUCUACAAUACUUCACCAGCCAACCCUCUCAGGAGUCCAAGCAACCUGAGAAGUACUUUGCCUAUAGUAUGCUGAACAUCAAUGAGCAAGACUGGAGUGCAGGAGACACUUUUACUUGCGUGGUGGGACACGAGGCACUGCCCUUCAACAAUACACAGAAGACCGUAGAUAGGAACACGGGUAAACCGAGCAUUGUCAAUGUCUCCUUAGUGCUCUCCGAUACUGGCAACACCUGCUACUCUUACCUAGAUGGAAUUGUGGACACUGAAGAAGAUGAGGAACUCCAAAACAUCUCAUCUAUCCUUUCCACUUUCAUCAUCCUCUUCCUUGUGAGCCUCUUCUACAGUGCCACUGUGACUGUCAUCAAGUACCUCUCAUCUGUUUUCUCUUUUCCUACAGUUUCCACAGACACACCUGUUCUGUUCCCUCUGCUGUCCUGCUGCAACUCUGACAACAGGGAAGCCCAAGGAAGUGUAACUUUUGGCUGCCUGCUUUUUGGAUUUCUGCCAAAACCUCCCCAAAUCACAUGGGAACCUGACAGUGCUAACAAAAUGUUCUUCCCAUCCAUGCAGAAUGGGAAACCAUCAUACAGUACCAGCAAGGUCACAGUCCCUUUCUCUGAGUUUUCAGCAAAAUCUUAUAGAUGCCGUGUAGAGCGUGAUACUGAUUCGCAAUCGAGCAGCCCCUCAGCAGUCAUCAGGUACAAAGAUUGCAAUUGGGAAAACCCAAAGCCAGUCCAAGUUCACAUCUUAACUCCCAACUGCGGUGUACAGGAGAUCACCUUGGAACUAGUAUGCCUCCUUCGGAGCCUUGGCCCUGGAAAAGCCAGCGUGGAAUGGUUGAGGAAUGGAGACGUGGAGCCAAAGAGCAUAGAAGUAGAACUGAUUGCCGAUGAAGACCAGGGCAGUUACUCCAGCUUUGUCCGCUGGAACAUCAGCAAACAGAGUUGGGAUAAGGGGGACUUGUACACAUGUAAAGUGACUCGCCCACCCAACAGCCAGAAUGUGACAAUGUACAAUACCAGCAAGUGCCAAGCCUGCUCAAUGACACAGCCUAUCAUCUCCAUCACAAAGCCAUCCUAUAGAAAUCUGCUUGAGGGGACAGCAAGUGUCACAUGUUCUGUGGUUGGAUCCAACCUUGAAAACACCCAAAUAAUCUGGCAGGUAGAUGGUGAUGGCAAGCCCAGCCCUCUAAGUCAGAGGAACAUGGUGAAGACAGACCCUAGUGGAAGUCAGAGUGUGAUCAGUACCCAUCCCAUAUCUCUGGAGCAAUGGAGAAAGGGCACCACACUCACUUGCAAAGUAACUGGAUAUUGCUAUGAAGAUGGCAUCAAAGAAGUGACAGUCAAAAAGGAUGCACAUACUACGAAGCCCUUUGUUGCCAUUUCAAGAGCCUCCCUUGACAUCUCUCUCAAGAGUGCCAUGGCUCUGAUUCUUAUCUGUGAUGUGAGUGGGUUUUCCCCAGAGGAAAUUAGUAUCUCAUGGAAGAAAAAUGACAUCCCCCUGAAUGAGAAACUGUAUGACAAUGCAAUAGCAACAGCAACUGGGGAUAUCUACACCACUUACAGCAUCCUGAAAAUUGGGAGGGAUGAACCAGGGGGCAAGGGUGGCAGCUACAGCUGUGUGGUCUACCAUUCCUCCUCCGAUGAGCCAAUCACAGCCAGUGAAAAUGUACCCAUUGAGUUAUUUGAGCCUAAAGCACCUACCGUUGAACUCCUGCAGUCAGUAGAUCGAAAGAAGAAAACAAUGGUGCUGAAAUGUAUUGCCUCUAACUACAGACCUCAAAAAGUUAGCAUCCAAUGGAAAGGAGGGCCACAGAAUAAGAAUGAAACUUUUGUAGAACAAAAUAUGGCAGAUGGAACAUUCUGGGCCAGCAGUCAGUUCAAAAUCCCCCUUUCUCAGUGGCAAGAUGUGGAAAGCAACACUUGUGAGGUGGUGCAUAAGGAAACAAAUUUUACUGUGGUCAAGAAGACUUCCAGAAAAGACUGGAUUAUGCCCACAGCCCUCACACUAACUCUCAACACCACAACGCUCUGCCCUAGCACAGGCCUAGGAAACAGAAGUAGUGUCACUUUACUCUGUUCCAUCUAUGGUUUCUCCCUUGAGAAAAUACAAGUCACCUGGGAGGUUGGUGGGAAGGCCCUACAAAAACCAAAGCCAGAAAUAUAUCAGCAGAAUGGAAAUCACUUCUACACUGGAAGCAACCUGACUGUGCCCCUCAAGGAGUGGAACAAACUACAAGAAUACACCUGCAAGGUGACCCAGCCUGAAGCAAAUAACAUCCAGACAGCCAAGAUCAGCAAGUGCACAGUAUGUAAAGACAGCAUCCUGCCUCCCAACCUCUACCUCUUGAAACCACCUCUUGAGAUGUUAGUCACACAAAGGAAAGCUCUCCUGACUUGUCUGGUGGUAGGUUAUGAACUGGACCAUGCUAUGCUCACCUGGAUGGUCAAUGAUCUCAACCAUACCAAGGAUGCUAGAACAGGAAAUGUCAAGAACCAUCCAAACCAGACCCAGACCUUAGAAAGCCAUUUGAACAUCACCAGUCAAGUCUGGGAUUCUGGAAGCAAAAUUCAAUGCGUCCUUUCUCAUCCUUGUGCACUCUUCCCUGACAUGAACAUCAGCAUCCAAAAAUGUAAAGAUUCCAAUCACAUUAAAGAGCCAUCUCUCUCCUUGGUCAUCCCGUCGGCAACACAAUUGAUGCAACCUACCAACCAAGCUGUAGCUUGGCUGGCUUGCAUGAUCUCUGGGUUUUCUCCAGCUGAAAUACUUGUCAGGUGGAAGAAGAACAACAGAAAUAUUGAUACCUCAGAAUAUAUCACUGGGCCCCCAGUGGCUGAAACUGGAAAUCCAACCUUUACCAUCCAAAGCAUCCUGAAAGUCCCAGCAUCUGAAUGGGAAAGCAGGGCUCUAUACACCUGUCUGGUGGGGCAUGAGUCCUUAAGUGGCUGGAAGAAUACCAGUAGGAAUUUAUAUGAUUUUCUGGAACCAUCUUCUCCGCAAGUGAUGGCAUUUCACACCUCAGAAGACAGAGAAGGCCAGAAACUUGUCUGUUUUGCUACCAACUUCUAUCCAAAAAAUAUUGACAUUCAGUGGCAUGUGAAAGGACAUCACUUCAAUUGUAGUUCAGACACUUCCAGUCUGGUUUUGCUUGCUAACGGGAAGUUCCAGAAGAGUUGCCAUUUGGUACUCAGUGAAGAAGAAUGGAGCAAGCCAGAAAAAUACACAUGCAUUGUCAAUCACAGCUCAACCAACGCUUUGAUUAAGAAGGACUUGCAUUCUUCUGGAAUGGUUUUGACUCUCAGUAAUGAGACAGCUAUCAAGAUGCAAUUGCCAAGCUUUGAAGAGCUCUUCAAAAACAAAAGUGCAGCUCUGACCUGCAUGGCACCCAACAAAAACACAACCACCAAUGCAACGUUCAGCUGGGCAAUGGAUGGAGAGCCUGUCAAUGCAAGCACUACAAUUAUUGCAGACUUGGAAGAAAGCAACAGCACUUCUUGGAUCUAUGGCCAACUGUGGGUGAAUCUAACUGAAUGGAGAAACACUACAGAGUUCACCUGUAGCAUCCCUGGUGGUCUAACAGAAACCAAGUCCAGAUGGAAUGGCACUAUGAAGCCUCCAAAGGUCUACCUUCAGCACCAGUCCUCCAGUGAAGACCUAAAUAUAACCCUACUGUGCAUGGCCGAAGAUUUCUACCCAGGAGAAAUCUUUCUGGAGUGGAAGGAGGAGAAUAAAGGGAUGUCACUGAAGGGUUAUGAUGUCCAUGGUUUGAAAUGUGAUCAUAAUAAACAAAAGUGCUCACUAAUGAGCAUCCUUGAAGUUCCUGCAACCAAGUGGAUGAUGGGAGUCUCCUACACAUGCCUGGUAGCCCACAUUUCCUCUGAAAACUUCACAGUCAGAAGAGCCAGUUCCCUUUCUGAUUCUUGGGAUUGUGCUGUUAUGGGUGCUGCACUGUGUGAUGUCCGCAAUGAAAACGAAGAUGAGUACAGUGAACUGGAGGAGGCCAACAGUGUCUGGAACAAAGUUUCCACUUUCAUGGUUCUCUUUGUUGUUGCACUCUUCUACGGAGGGCUUGUCACUUUCAUCAAGGUGAAAUAACCAUCAUUCAUUCCACACAAUGAAGUGUAUGCAGAAUAAACUCCCCAUUUUAUCUCCACUUGACAUUUCCUCAGACUUCCUCCAUUUUGUCUGCUACAUGUGUCACAACUCAGAAGGGAAGUCACCAAAAGAGCAUUAGUGGCAACUAACAUUAACAUCAGUGGGAUUCACGUUAUCAUUAGCACUUGUUUUAUCAUGCCUAUUCUGUUGCUGCUUUUAGUCCAAGUUAAAUUAAAGUUUGAGUUUUCCAACACUUUGAAGGACAGCAAAACAAGAGAAUUCACCAUGAAUCAACCACUUCGGUGGUAAAUUGGUGCUUUUAAUGCUAACUACAUGGUUAACCUGGUAGAUAAUCUGGUAAAUGGUAGUUAGCCAUUUGCCAUAAAUGGCUAAGUUAAUACCAGAUGGGUAAAUAGAAAAGUAAAAUACAUUAAACAAUCAUCUUCCUAACGUUCUCAGUGUAAAACUCAUAGCAUUAAACAACUGUUCACCUGAAACUAUGGUAAACCACAAAUAUGUAUUGUUUGUUCCUUAGCUAAAGUUCUUAUGUAUAUUUUAACAUACUUUAGCACAUAUCAGCAUUAAGAUCUUUUGUAAAAGAUUGUACUAUACUAAACUGGAUAGCACUGCCUAGGUAUUUCAAGUCCAGUUUUUUAUACUGAAAUGAGACUCCUGUUUUCUCUUAUGUUUUUGUUGGUAUGUAAACUAUAUAACAAUAGAGUGGAUUGUAUUGCAUUGCAUAGCAUUAUAUUAUAUUAAGUUGCACAAAUUUAUAUAUCAUCCUUAAAUUCAUUCCUUAGUUUGCAUGUUAUUUUCUUUUGUACUCACAUUCAUGAUUAUUGCCAUAUUUUUUCCUUUGCAGUUCAUUGCUCCUCAUUAUAUAAUUGUUUGCCCUGACUAGGAGUGCUGUAUCACACCCUACUACUCCAUAAACAUUUUUCCCACAUA